CUCACCGGAUGCGUCUUCAGCCUGAGUCAGGUUAAAUAAGAUGUUAGUCCAUGUCGCUGUACUCCCUUGCUCCCUGGUGGCUGGUGCAAUCUGAACCUGGAAUACUGGAAGCUAUCCUUUGCACCACGCAAUCAUGUCGCAGAGUGACUUCAAUGGAGGAUUUCUGUCUUAUUACAAUUUCCAGUAAGCACGCCAGCAAAUGUCAGCAAGUUAUAGAAUGAAACUAGUGGAAGAGGAAGCAAGGCAAGCACUGUUGGAAGGUGUUAGGAGAUGGCUUCUGAGGAUAUCUCUCAGCUGGUGGAUGCCCUUGCAAAGACUCAAGUGGGUGGGGGAGAGCUGAGUUUCAAAGGCCGUGCCCUAAAGCUUGACACAGCUGAAGCUGCUGCUGAGAUUAUUGAAGAGAUUAACAGAUUUGAACACCUGCAGGCAUUACGCCUCGAAGGAAACACAAUCGGUGUAGAAGCUGCUAAAGCUAUGGCCAGGAGUCUAUCUAAUAAAAAGGAAUUGCAGAAAUGUUACUGGAGCGAUAUGUUCACCGGACGACUACGUUCGGAGAUCCCACCUGCUCUGAUAUCUCUGGGUGAUGCGCUAAUGACUGCAAGAGCUCAGCUGACACAACUGGAUCUAAGUGACAAUGCAUUUGGACCAGAUGGAGUUCGGAGCAUUGAAGUCUUAUUGAAGAGUCAAGUCUGUUACACCUUACAGGAGCUACGUCUGAAUAACUGUGGCAUGGGAAUUGGUGGUGGGCAGAUUCUUGCUUCUGCACUUAAUGAAUGCCACCGUCUGUCAAGUGCCCUGGGAAAACCAAUGGCACUGAAAAUUUUUAUUGCUGGGAGGAAUCGUCUGGAGAAUGAAGGUGCCAUUGCACUGGCUGAUGCUUUUAAGUCCAUAGGAACUCUGGAGGAGGUACACAUGACCCAAAAUGGAAUAAACCAUCCAGGUAUUACGGCUUUGGCAAAGGCGUUCACUGAAAACCAGCACCUGAGGGUCAUAAACCUUAAUGAUAACACCUUCACAGAGAAAGGAGCCAUUGCCAUGGCUGAGACGCUGAAGGCACUCCAUAACAUAGAAGUAAUAAAUUUUGGGGAUUGUCUAGUGCGGUCAGAAGGAGCUCUAGCUAUUGCUGAAGCAGUAAAAUCUGGAUUGCAGAAUCUGAAGGAACUUAACCUUUCAUUUGGAGAGAUCCGGAAGAAUGCCGCAAUCACGGUUGCUGAAGCUGUGGAACAUAAGUACUUGCUGGAGAAACUUGAUCUAAACGGUAACUGUCUUGGUGAGGAAGGCUGUGACCAACUGAAGGAAGUUAUGGACAGCUUCAACAAGCAUGAUGCAUUGGCUUCUCUCAGUGAUGAUGAAAGUGAUGGGGAUGAAGAUGAAGAGGUCGAUGAGGAGGAGGAGGAGGAUGAUGACGACGACGACGACCUGGAGGAUGAGGAUGAAGAGGAAGAUGAAGAAGCAGAAGAUGACGGAGGUGGAGAAGAACAGGACCAAGAGAAGGCAACAUCAGUUGAUCAAAUGAUAGUUGACACACAUGUGAAAACCAUCCCAAUUACCCUGACAUCAGAAGCCGCCAAUUUCUUGUCUUUUCCAUCUCCAGACAAACUCCUUAAAAUGGGAUCUAAGCGGUCACUUCUGUUACUGCAGCAGACUGAUCUGUCAAAUGCGGAAAAGGUUGUCCAAACAUUUCUGAAGGUGGCUGCAGUCUAUAAGGAAGACCAGGAAACCAAAGCAGCAGUAUUUGAGACUGCAGAUGAACUGUUGCAGAAAGCAUUCAAGACUACGGGAUUUCAAUUAGAUGUGUUCAUUACUUCCCUCUUGGUGUACAUGGGACUUCUGAAGAGUGAAGACAAAAUUAAAACGGUUGGUAACCUAAUUGGGCCUUUGACAGUUCUCAGACACGUGAUUCAGAAAAGCUACUUUCCACGCUCUGUGAUUCCCAUCCUCCAUGCAUUCCUCACUAAACAGAAUCGUGCUUUUGACACCUGCCAGAAUGCCAAAUACACUCUGUUGGAGACUAUGAAGAAUCUUUAAUGUCAUCCCUGUGAUGUGGGAGCUGAUGCAACCAGAGAAGUACACAGGACUGUAGGGAUUAUCCAUGCAUUACCAAGGAAAGCUGUAAAAUUGCCCACUGGGCUGUACAGUGUUGAAUGCUUCACUUUCUUCAUGCUACAGACUGGAUCUUUUGCUUCAGUUCAGCUUGCAUCCCAUAGCCUUUUGACAGUUUGCCGUCAGCUCUGGCCAGAUUCUUUUCAGCUGCUUACAAGUGAAAGCAAAAUUGGAACCAGUUUUUAAUGACUGAUUUGAAAACUUGGAUUUGCAAGCUGUUCAUGACUCGUCUUGUGUUUCCUUAGCCUAUUUUGGUGUUGGGAGCAAAAAUGGAGAAUAGCCAAAUUUCCGUGGCUUUGAACAACCAAGUGACAUAUGCUUCAGCUUAAAUUUUGGCCCUUUUAUUCUUUCAUGAGAUGCUUUAUGAAAUUGAGUGGGCACAAUUUACAAUAUUCAGCUUAUUCCUAUUUGAACCAGCUGACCUGGAAUGAGAGACAAAAUCAUAUUUGAAAAUCUACAGGCUGAUACCUCAAUCCCAUUUCUGAAAUAUGUUGAUGGUGUCAUCUUCACCUGCUAACUUGUAUACAGACUUCAAAGGAAACGUUCAUAAAGUUCUUCCAAACUUGUAUAGCUGUUCAGCUAAUACAGUUUAUAAAUCACUUAUCAAAUGGAAAGGUCUUAUUGGCUGCUGCAGAAUCAUGCCGCCUACCCUUCACCACCUUCCCUGUCCCAACCAAGUGAUUCUUAUCUGGGGAAGUUUUGGUUUUGAUCUGUGUAGUCAGCAGUAAUCUCAUCUUUGUGUGCCUGAUCUCCCCCUCUCGCCUCUCCCUCUCUCUC